AUGGUUGUAAGUCAAAGUCUUCUUUCUGUCCAAACCUCAGUGAUGUCAACUGAACAGGAUGCUGUUCUUGGACUGACAAAAGAUUUAGAAAGCAUAAAUUUGCAUACCGCGCCCGAUGUCGUGAGAGGAUACCAAAAUAAAUCAUUCAAAGGGAAAACUAUUUCUGGUUCUUCUUCGUUAGGGAGGCUUUCUCAGCAGGGGGACAAUCAUAUUAAUAGACGUCCGAAACUUAUAUGUGUGCCGUAUACUUCCUUUCUGCAUACUGGUAUGCACAAUUUUUCCACGAACUCACCAAGAGAUAUAUUUCAUGAAAGUCGGGAAGUAGCUCUAUUUACCAAUGACCAGACUUAUACCACUCUACGCAGAAACCAUAUACCAAAUUUGAAAAAAGGUGUUGCUGAGUUGUAUGAAAGCUCGCUUCUCGAAGCAAGAAAGCGGAAAGUCCCGUAUUUGGGCCAUGACUUAUUUGCGAACAUUGAUCAGUUCGUCCCUAUGACGAUAUCCGAGUUAGACAGUGUAUCGCCGUGUAUUUCAUACAUUGAGAACUGGAGACUAGAUAAUCAUGGUGAGAACUUUAAGAUCGGCAAGAAAUUUACGGUUGUUACCACAAGACAUCAUAUCGUGGAUUUGACCAUGCACCUCUUUAACAGGCGAAAUAAACACACGUCACUAAUUGCAACGUAUUUGGGGGCGGGUCUUAUUUCAUUUUCUAGAAAUGCAAGAAACGAUUUUCAAAUGUCCAAAGAGGGAAUUUAUUCAAGUGAUCCAAAUAUUAAGAAAAUUUGCUAUUCAGGAUUUGAGUUUGAAAAUUGGGUAACCGAAGAUACCAAGGUCACCGGUGGCUCUAGACGUCCUAUUUUUUCUGUUGUGGAGAGUAAACUUUCAGAAGAAAUUGGUCUUUUGAUUCGCUGCGAAUUGGACGCAUUCAAUCCUGUUUCGAAGGCAAACACAGAGUUAAAAUGUUUUGCCCCAUUAUCAAUGCAUAAUUCCAAUCAUAGGAGAAAACUCCUGAAAACGUGGAUACAGACAGGUUUAUUGCCGAACUCAGAUAUCAUGAUAGGUUUGAGAGACAGUCAUAGCGGUCAAUUACUAGACAUUCAAUGGUACUCAAGGGAUUUACUAUGCAAAAAGUUUAAUCACCCAGGGUUGCCUCCAAAUAAAAAGGAACUUAAUUAUAAUGCCCAAAUUGCAGUAGAAUGGUGUAACCAUUGUGUUGAAUCGGUUUGUAAGCUGGUGGAGGCAAAUAUCUCCGACUACAAUAGUACAAGACCAGAAUCAUUUGAAAUCAGUAUAGAUACUAAUAACACCAUCGCCAUCACUAAACUUAAGACUACUCCAAAGAAUGUGGAAUUAUUUGGAACCUAG